AUGUCUACCGCUACUGAGCUACGACCUAUUGAGCCGCCCUCAUUCUCACUGCCACCUCAACAUGCAAUAGCAUCACCUCCGCCAGCCAAACACUCCGAUGCGGUAGAUAUGGACGAGGCAAUCCACCUUGCUCGCCUCUGCCGAAAGAGUCUCGUUGAUCUGGAUCAGCACUUACCUGGCUUCAACCCAUCUCAUCCAUUUACUGUAGAUGAGAUCAUUGCCCUGCCACUGGACAAGCAUCGCAUUGACGAUGCUCUCCAUGACCUUCCUCGCCGCAAGUCUGCUCGACACAACCUGGCUGUGGCUAUGGCCCCGAUGCUCUACCCUGUCCACGAGGGUUCGUUGACAGCCAUCAUCCGCUAUGAUGCCGAUCGUGGUGUUUGGGACCCUGCUAAGCGCCCGGUUUCUCUGGACGGUGUGCAGGCCAUCCCUAUGCCAGUCGAGAUCGCCCACGAGGCCGAUCUGGCACCGUUUUUGAACCAUCUUGAAAGCGGCGGCACCUUUGAGCUGGAUGGCCAUGAGAAGGGCUUCGAGCUUGACGGUGGACGAGGCGAGCCUUACUAUGGUGUCAAAGGCGCCGAGUUUCGCAAAGGCGUCGUCUAUGAAGACGGUCGCAUGGAUCUUUGCAAAAUGGUUGUUGGCCCUGAUCACAUUGGCAAGCUGAUGGACUCGCUCCGACCUAAUGAGUUUGUCCGACAUUUCCUUCUGGGCAAUAACAUCAUCGGCCCUGUUGGUGCUCAUGAGAUCGCCAACUUCAUCACCGACCUCCCUGACCGGAUGGACACUUGGUACCUCGCCGGAAAUUGCAUCAACGGCCCAGGCUUCAAGAUUCUAGUCGAUGCCAUGGUCAAAUCCGAGGCCAUCACCAAUCUCUGGUUUAAGCGUAACCCACUUGGUGCAGACGCUUCGGAGGAUGUGUAUCGCCUCAUCACUGGCGUCAAGAAUUUGCGAACUCUCGACCUUGAUCAGACCCAACUGGGCGAUCGAGGAGUUGCAGACCUGUUCAACCGCUUGGCUGACCAUAAGAUGCCCGACGGUGCCAAACUUCCUCUUAAGCACAUCUACCUCAAUGGCAGUGGAAUCUCGACCGAAGGCGCCAAGGCCAUUGGCAAGUUCCUUCUGUCGCCGCACUGCGGCUUAACGUCCAUUUAUGCAUCAUCGAACCCUCUUGGCGAUGUUGGUGCAGAUGCCCUAGCUCAAGCAUUGCCCAAGGCACCGUAUCUGGCUCGAUUGCUCUUACAGUCGAUUGGAGUCAGCACCAAAGGUGCCAUUGCGCUCUGCAAGGCUGCUACCGGGCAUCCCACACUCGAGGUGUUUGAUCUUGGUCAGGCUUAUGCCACUGAGGAUCUCGGACAGGCUUACAACUACAUCGAGGAUGGAGCUGUGCCGGCCAUUCAGCAACUGAUUCAGACCAAGGGCCCUCUGGCCUACAUCAACUUUGGACACAUGCCCAUGACACCCCCGGCACUCAAGGUCAUAUCUGAAGCAGUCCUCAAGAGCUCAACUCUCGUCUGCUUUACGGCCUAUUCGGUUCUUCCAGACCCAACCUUGAAACCGGCAACCUUCAAGCCCACCGUCGACACGCGCUUCGCUAACCCUGCUGAGCAGACCAAGCCUCAGAUCGAGCUCAAUAAGGCUGUGCAGGAACACCUUACUGCCAACGUAAAGGCCCGAUACGGCGAGGAUGUGUCGUACAACCGGUUUAUGGAGGAGGAACGACGAUGGCUUAUCAGUGACAAGACUGAUGUGCGCAAAAUCGAUAGUGUGUACCGAAAUCGUGACGCCGGCCUUGCUCGUCGCCGACUCUUGACACUUAUCAAGAACUGGGAGGAGGGCGAUGAGACCUUGGAGCGAGUUAUGGGUGCUCAUGCACCAAGCUGCUCUUUGAAGCGUCACUGA